UAUUAUUACUUCAAUCUCCCUUUUCUCAAAGCGCUCCACAACUCCGGCCGGCGGCGAUAAUUGCGAUAUUUAUUAUUUGCCUCGGAAGUUGAGGCGCUAACCCCAUAUUGGCAAUCACCAAACCGCAAAAAGCCACAAAUUGCCGAUCCGGGAAUCUGCAAAUCCCACUUGGGACAGGCGGGAGCAUCCUCCAUCUCCGACCACGUUCCCUCCCGACUUCCUGGAAGCGUGUCCCCGAGAGAGCCAUACACUCCAAGUUUCCCCCUCGGAGACUCCCUCGACAGCUUCUUUCUCUCCUCGAUUCUUAGAUUCUCUUGGCGCACACGUCUCAUCAUCCACUCACCCAUCAUGAGUGCCACCAAGGCGCAGUCGCAGAAGAUCUUCGAGAAACUGAAGACAAAGCCCGCCAACAAAAUAUGCUUUGACUGUGGCGCGAAGAACCCGACGUGGUCGUCUGUCCCCUUUGGAAUAUAUCUCUGCCUGGACUGUUCGGCAAACCAUCGUAACUUGGGUGUCCACAUCUCGUUUGUCCGAUCCACCAACCUUGACCAAUGGCAAUGGGAACAGCUACGCCUCAUGAAAGUUGGUGGAAAUGAAUCCGCCACCAAAUACUUCCAGUCGCAUGGUGGUUCCGCUGCGCUCGCAAGCAAGGACUCCAAAGUGAAGUACACCUCCAGCGCGGCGACCAAGUACAAGGAAGAGUUGAAGAGAAGGGCCGUUCUGGAUGCGCAAGAGUACCCAAAUGAAGUUGUGAUCACGGACGUCGCGGCCGCUAGCGAGGUGUCAUCGAAAGACGGUGCUGAUGACGACGAUUUCUUCUCCUCGUGGGAUAAGCCUGCCAUCAAGAGACCCAGCAAUCCUCCCUCCCGAACAGGCACUCCGCCAGUCGUCAGUCGGACCUCGUCUCCUUUCCUCACCACCGGUGCCAACGGUAAUGGUUCGCGGCCGAAAUCUCCCCUGACAGGCUCAGACAGUGCUUUGCCUCCCCCGACCGCAGUUAAGACGGGAUCUGCCAUUCGGAAAGCACCUUCCUCUGCUGGCGCGAAGAAAGGAAGUGUUCUCGGUGCCAAGAAGACCCAGAAACUGGGAGCAAAGAAGAUUGUGGGCGCUGAUGCGAUUGAUUUCGAGGAGGCUGAAAGAAAGGCAAAGGAGGAAGCUGAGCGGAUCGAGAAGCUUGGCUACGAUCCAGAAGCUGAACAGGCGGAAGCUGAGGCAAAGACAAAGGCAGCAGCCCCAGCUGCGAAGCUGGCUUCUCCUGCCCCGGUCAGCCCUAGUAGAAGCGUCAGUUCGGCUAGCAGGAGUCAUGAGCGCAGCGCAAGCGAGGUGGAGCGCCUCGGUAUGGGCAUGUCACGUUUGGGUUUUGGACAAGUGAGCGCGAAAGCCGCUCCAAAGAAGCCAGGCUUUGGUGCCGUUGCCCCGGCUAAGUCUCCGGUUGAUGAGGAGGAACUGGAAGCUACCCGUGCCAAGUUCGGCAACCAGAAGGGUAUCUCCUCUGACGAGUUCUUUGGACGGGAGAAGUUCGACCCGGCUGCCCAGGCUGAAGCCAAGUCCCGUCUCCAGAACUUCGAGGGCGCCACGGCUAUCUCCAGCAAUGCGUACUUCGGCCGACCCGAAGACGAUCUCCCCGCUGUGGAUGACUAUGGCGAUCUGGAGACUGCGGCGAAAGACUUCGUUCGACGAUUCGGUAUGACCGCCGGCGACGAUCUUGAGAAUCUGACGCAGGUUCUCGGUGAAGGUGCAAGUAGGUUACAAGGGGCCAUCCGCAACUACCUCAACAGCUAAACGACUUCGCUACCGGUUUCGACGACAACGACAAGAUCUCUUUUCUACGUACGAGCAUAUGCGCUCCAUGGCGCCAGCCAAUUCUACAUAUCAUUCUUCUCGUCUUAUGCAU